AUGCGAGUAUUUCUUUAUACACUGUCCAUUUUGGGAUCCUUGAUGACGGUUCAAGCCCAUGUGACCUUCACCAACCUCAAAUGUGGUACGAAAGAUAGAAAGUUUGCUACCUUUGAAAAGUGCUACAUCAAAGCGGUGAAUCGGACUCAUAAGUACAUAGAUAUUCACGUAAAUCUAUUAAAAGUACCAGUGACUAAUGUUACAAUUGCCGGGAAAUUUAUGAGAUACGAUCACGGUUUUAAGCCCUUCUUCGUAGAUAUCACAUUCGAUGCAUGCAAGUUUCUCAAAAACCCAAGGCAGCCCAUUGUCAAAUUGUUUUAUAAUAUGUACAAGAAUAAUUCCAAUAUAAACCAUACUUGUCCAUUCAACCACGACCUAAUUUUGGACCACUUUUGGACUGGAAAUAUUGAAACGGCACUUCUGAAAUACAUUCCCAUAAUAAAUGGCGACUAUGCCGUCUUUACCGAAUGGUCUGCUUAUAAUAUUGCUCGUGCUUUCUUGAAUGUAUAUAUUAGAAUAUCAGAAAGACAAUUUUAA